GGCUCACAUCAAAACAACACAGUUUGCCUGAUGAACACAGUCUGACCGCAGGGAAAGGGGCCUGGCUAAGGGGAACUCCCUGCCCUGCCUCAAACACAAGAGAUUCUACAGCUCCAACACAAGGGCUUUUCAAAAUGCAGAGGCACCAAUGAGCAAUAGAGAGAGGAUUUGCUUUUUUUAGAAGGAGGGAAAUAAAUGUUCAAUCCAAUCCCAGGCUGUCUUUGUCUUAUAGAGUAGGACUUAUAGGAGCUGCUUUGUCGGAGACAUAACUCCCAUCAACUGGAAAUCUUCAGAGCAACUCCGAAACAACUGACCUACAUUAAGACCUGUCACGUUCUCGGAAGAAAAAUGGCCACACUAAAAUGCUAUGUGUUCCAGCUGAUGUUCUGUCUUCUUUCACUGCUGGGCAGUGCCGCUGCAUGCAGGAGUGGAACUCCGUCAGAGUGCGAGAAGGUGCCGUUUGUGCCCGGUUACAAUCUAGCCGGGGAGGGCUUCGAUGUGGUAAAGAUGCGUCGCAAAGGUGCGUACUUGAUCAAUGUCAAAACGCAUCUCACCGAUAAUGGCACCUGUACGCUGUGCGAGAACCGCUUCCAGGGUGGGCAAGUGCAGAAGCUUCCGGCCAUGGUCCUGGACUGGAGACCCUUCAGCCGGUGCAGUAAGCAGCUGUCAAGCGCACUCCAUCACACGGUCGACUCCCUCGUCAAGAGCUCCUCCGCGCUCAUCAACAACAACUGGGGCAUAGACCUAAACCUGCAUACGUACGGCAAAGUGCUUAUGGGAGGCAGCCGUUCGGACAUCGCAAAGUUUGCUAGAACUCAGCACAACGUGGACAAAGCCACCUUUGCCCUCCAUGAAAUCACAUGCACAUACUACAGUUACAGGGUGACUGAUCAUCCAGAGCUCAGCAGCGAGUUUAAUAAGCACCUUCAGAGACUGCCUAAGCAGUACAACAACCAGACCAAAGCAAUGUACCGCAGGACCAUCGACACGUACGGCACCCACUACAUUCGUCACGUGCACCUGGGCGGCCGGGUGAGAAGGGUCACAGCCUUCCGGACCUGCCUGGCGACGCUGAAGGGCUUCUCUGAGACGGAGAUCAAGAACUGUUUGAACCUGGAGAUGAAGCUGGUGCUGGGCUUCCUCCCCGCCAACGCGUCCCUCUCCAACAAAUGCAUGGACAUGCUGAAGGACAACAUGAGCAUGGGCUUCUACCAAGGCUUCAUGACCCACAAGAUCGAGGUGCUGGGCGGGGAGAAGUACUUCCCAGAUGUCUUGUUCCAGCAGAGCCCAGGCGAGGGCUACACCAACUGGAUGAGCAGCUUGCAAGAGAACCCAGAUGUGGUAUCCUACGCCAUAUACCCCGUCCAUCACCUGGUCAACGAUCCAGACAUCAGAGGUAAUCUCAAGAGCGCGGUGUCUGAGUACAUAGAGGAGAACAUGGCCCCCGUGGAGAGGAACAGCCAGUGCUCCCCCUCUGAAAAUCUGGACCACAACUGCUGCCCCUUGAGGACUGCCAGGGGCAAACUCCUGGUGGAGAUCCAGAGAGCUUCGGGCCUGAAGGCCGACACGUUCACCAAGACGGACGCCUUUGUCAAGAUCUGGUACAACGGAAAGUAUCGAGAGACCGAUGUCGUUGAGAACGACAACAACCCGUGGUGGAACAUCACCUACAACUUUGGUGCAAUCGAGGUGGGCCACCAGCUGAUUCUUGAGGUGUGGGACAGUGAUGUGCUCUACAACGACAUGCCGGGGAGGUGCGUCCUGAUCCCAGAGCGUGGGGUCCACACGCAGGGCUGCAAGCUGAGCAAAGGGGUGCUGUACUUCUCCUAUGCCAUCCUGUGUGAUACUCACCUGACAGGUUACAGGUGUGAGAGGUAUUCUCCCAAACGGUAGUCACCUGUCAAUCAUCUGUCUGUGACUGUUUAAGUCUUAGUAAAUGCUGUAACAUUGACUAGAUCACUGUUUGGAAAACUGUACUUUGUUUAUAUUUUUCAUAUAGCAUCUUAAAAUGGUCAUUUUUCUGCGAAUGUUAGGAUAUGUUAUCGUCCCCCUCACAAAAGCAGCACCAUGUUGCUGCAGCAGGAUAUUCCUGGUAUUUUUCACUAAAUAUUUGUCUUAAUGGGUUUCAAGUUUUAAAUAAGAAGUUUAAAUAAAGGGUUCUGUCCUUUUGUUGAAAAUCACCA